AUGCCUGUGGUUUGGCGUCCGUUUUUCGGCUGGGAAAUGGGAAAACCGGAGGAUCUGUCCACAGUGCUGAUCCACGGCACCAAAGAGUCUGCGGAGGUGCCUUCCGUGAUGCUGAAAAGACGGGCGUCAGGCUACCUGGCACUUUUCCUGCAACUCGGCGGUGCCACGCGGCCCGCCGGCCACGCGCCCUGGGACAACCACGUCUCCGGCCACGCCCUGUUCACAGAGACACCCCACGACAUGACGGCGCGGACGGGCGAGGACGUGGAGAUGGCGUGCUCCUUCCGCGGCAGCGGCUCCCCUUCCUACUCGCUGGAGAUCCAGUGGUGGUACGUGCGGAGCCAUCGGGACUGGGCCGACAAGCAGGCCUGGGCCGCCAACCAGCUAAAAGCAUCUCCGCAGGAAGACCCAGGGAAGGACGCCACCAAAAUAAGUGUGGUCAAGGUGGUGGGCAGCAACAUCUCCCACAAGCUCAGGCUGUCGCGAGUGAAGCCCACGGACGAAGGCACCUAUGAGUGCCGUGUCAUCGACUUCAGCGACGGCAAGGCGCGGCACCACAAGGUCAAGGCGUACCUGCGGGUGCAGCCCGGCGAGAACUCCGUCCUGCACCUAACUGGACCCCCUGUGUCUCCUCCCCCCAUGCCCGGGCUCUGGACUCCCCUUGGCUCAUCCCAGCUGAAAGUCCCAUCUGCCAAAGUCCUGCUGAGACUCUGCUGGAGCCAGCUGGUGCCCCCUCCGUGCACCUGCAGAAGCCAGCAGCAUCACUGUUCAGGGGCUGGGACCAAACGCAGUGAUGGUUCCCAUGGCCAUGAUCCCAGCACAGGACAACACCCCAGCAGCCCCAAGGUGGGCGUUGCACCCUCAGUUUUCAGAUGA